AGAGCUGUAUAAAUUACCGCAGUGCCGUAUUUCUCUCUUUCGUGGAGAUUUAGUCCAAACCCCAAUGCGGUCUGAACAAACUGCCCUGGGCCGUCAUAGGAGAAAGCCGUCGCGCACAGGACCGUCUUAUUUACAAUGAAGGAGAGAAGAAUCAGCCAGCCUUUGGUCAUGCGUUGUAAACUGGUUUUAGUAGGAGAUGUGCAGUGCGGGAAAACCGCAAUGUUGCAAGUGUUGGCCAAAGACUGUUAUCCUGAGACAUACGUCCCAACAGUGUUUGAGAACUACACAGCUGGACUGGAAUUAGAGGAGCAGCGCGUGGAGCUCAGUUUAUGGGACACGUCAGGUUCACCGUAUUAUGAUAACGUCAGACCUCUCUGCUACAGUGAUGCAGAUGCUGUUCUGCUCUGCUUUGAUAUAAGUCGCCCUGAGACCGUCGAAAGCUCUCUGAAAAAGUGGAAAGCCGAAAUCAUGGAUUUCUGCCCCAGUACUCGAAUAAUCCUAGUCGGCUGCAAGACAGACCUGCGAACAGAUGUUUGCACACUGAUGGAGCUGUCCAAUCAGAGACUGACGCCCAUCUCCCAUGAGCAGGGCACCUUGUUGGCGAAGCAGGUAGGAGCAGAGGUGUACCUGGAGAGCUCUGCAUUCACAUCAGAGAAGAGCAUCCACAGCGUUUUCCGCUCAGCAGCACUAACAUGCCUUAACAAACUGCAGCCCCCCAUAAAGCAAAGCCCCAGUCGCCGGCUGUCCAAACGCCUCCUUCACCUGCCCAGCAAAGCGGAGCUCCUGACCUCCUCCUUCAGCAAGGAGAGAACCAAGAGCUGUUCCAUCAUGUGAGCUCCAUGUGUGCCACUCCAAUUCCCCACAAAAAUGUAUUUUUCGCUCUUUGAACCGGUUGUUUGGGGUGGGGGUCAGAGAAAGGGGGGGGGCAUGACCUUUAAUGACCCCUCCUCCCUCUCUCUAUACUUAUGUUGUUCUUCUCCAAUUCUGACACCUACAAACACGCUCAUCAAAACGACAAAGAGCUGCUGCCAUUGUUUAAGGUUUUCGGCUGUUACACAUCCUCUUCACCAGCCUUUACAUGAACUGCAUUUUAUAUCAAUGAUCAAUCAGUCAGACGAAGAAGGAAAUGUCCUGAAUACUAGACACUGGACACUGUCAGAUAUUUUUAUGGGUAGUUAGCGUGGGAAUGUGAGUUGAGCUGUGAACGUAAUUUAAUAUUUAAAGGAAGAGGAUGUGUUACACAGUACGCACUUUACUUAACAUGGAUGUGAUUGUUAAAUUGAAAGUGAGAGGAUGAUUGAAUACGGGUUGGCAUUAGUUAAUUUUUCAAUACAGAACUAUGCUUGUAUUAGCUGGCACCGAUCUAUGAUGUGAGAUCUCAUGCAAGCACGAGGGGAGGAGCCAAACAAGAUUUGAUGUCCUCCUGACAAGGUGAACAGUGUUAUAAAUCUGCUAGAUGAAGCAUCCAAUCACAUUUGUACAUCCAGAUGUAUUGGACAUGCUGACACACUCUUUCACUCUCUCUCUCUCCAUCUCUACUGUAGUCCUUAAUGCACCUUCUGCCCCUAGAGAACAGUUCAUAAAUCUCAGCCAAUGAGGAGUAGCCCAGUAUCGCCCGGGCCAUUUCUCAAUACAGACCAGGAGUUAUUGAAAAAAAAAAAAAAAACCUUUCCAGAUGUUCCAACCGUUCUUUUUUAGAAAAUGAGAUCUUUCACUGAAGUAAUUUUAGAGAUGGCAUGGAAAGGUUAUGGGGGAUUACUGAGGGUCACCGCAGUCCACCAAAACUGAUCAAAGUUGCAUAAUUUGAAUGUUCCAGUUGACUGUUCUUUUACAGUAAUCUGCCACAACACUUAAUUCUUGAAAAACAGGCCUGUAAAAAAAAUUAUUCUCUUAUGUGGUAAAGUUGCUGGUUAUAAUUCAAGGCUGGACAUUAGAUUGCAUUGUAAUUUCAGUGAUUCUCAUGCAUUUGGUCGGAUCACUGUCACAGAGGACUCUCCUCUCAUCCCAAACCUCAUUCUGGUAAUCUCGAUCUUUUAAUCCCACAACCCCUGGUUGUGUAACGCUUAAUCAGAAAACAACUAAAUCCUCACUUUGGGCUUAUAAAUGGCCAAGUAGAAAUGAACUGAGAAGUCAGACGAGACAGCAUUAUGAAGAAUCUGACCUCAGAAUAACUCCCAGCUCAAGUAGUUCGUCAGAUUUAGUUCAAUCAAAGAAAUGGUUGGGGAACUAUUUGAAACAACAAUUCAAAAGUGUGUGGUCAGUACAAGCUACAGCUGAAAAUUCAGCUUUGCCAGCAGAGAAUAUUUACAUUUGCAUAGCCACCGUCUAGAAAUUAUGAGGAUGAAAAUACUGUCUAUAAACUGGUCUUGCCUUAACCACACAUUUGUACAACUUUGUUAUUAUUAUAUCAUUGACUUUGUAAAUUCUCACUCUAAUUCAUCUGAAAGAAACUUUAUGAGGUUGUUCAUCACUUCAUCACUUCACUACACCGUUGCUUAGCAACAGACAAGUCAGUUAAGCUGGACUACAUGUCUGAAAACCACCGACAGAGGUGGACAGAGAGAAACAGAGUGUAAAAAAAGUGAAGUUUUCUCACUGUAGCAUAACAAAUGGCUUUUUCAUGGCUAUAGUUUAUAGUUCGAAACAUGAAUCAUCUUACUGGCCAUCAUCUUAAUAUGAAUCUGUUACUGUUGUCUGGUUUAGUCGCACUCUUAUUUGUUAUAUGUUUGAUGUGGUGGAUCUCCGCAAUCUUCCUUUUGUUACUGCGGUCUGGACGUACAUAUGUUGUGCAUAAUCAGUUUUGUACAGCCCUUUAAAUGAUGUCUGUGAAGCAAACACAUUCAGAACAGACUGUAUGAUUGUGUGUGCAAUGUAACUGUAACUUAUUAAUAGUUGAUUAAUGCUGGUUCUGUUUUAUUAUUUCGUUUCAGACUAUCUGUUUUAUAUUGAAUAUUGUUCAUUGAUUAUUUUCCCUUGUCUCUGAUGUCAUGUGUCACUCUUAAAUAACUUAAAACUUGGAUUUGG